GCGCACGUCCAAGGCGUGCUUGGUAAAAAGGCAGCUCUGCCUUGUGAUACUCAACCGCUUGCUUCUGAUGAUCUCGUCUCCAUGGUCCUGUGGUUUAAGGAAGCAGAUGGAGAACCGCUUUACAGUUAUGACGUCCGGGGUCGCCUGGCCACCCAACCCAAGCUCUGGUCGUCACCAACCGGGUUCGGAUCACGAGCUUACUUCCGUUCUGCGGCCACUCCUGCUGUUCUCCUCGUGGACAGCGUCCAGUCCUCAGAUGCUGGGAUCUAUAGAUGCAGAGUUGACUUCAAGAAUUCACCAACUAGAAAUAUGAAGCUCAAUUUUACAGUUAUUACACCACCUGACCGCCCCACAAUCCUGGAUGCAAAAACUCAUGAUCAAACAAGACUUCUGGAGCCCUACAACGAAGGGGACACCAUUGAACUAAUUUGUGAAACUCACGGUGGAGAUCCACCGCCUCGUCUCACCUGGUUCCUAGAGAACACUGUCAUAGAUGACUCCUUCGAACAAACACCAGAUGGUUCUACAGUCAACAUGCUGACCUUCCCCAACAUAGGCCGCCAGCACCUGAACUCCAGACUGGUCUGCCAAGCGAGUAACACCAACUUAGCACCACCUUUGACUAAACUGCUGAUUUUGGAUAUCAAUUUAAGGCCACUGACAGUUCAGAUCCUGAAUAAGAACCGGCAGCUGUCGGCAGACAGAACUUACGAGGUGGAGUGUCAAACAACAGGGUCCAGACCAGAGGCGCUGGUCACCUGGUGGAAAGGGUCCAGGCAGAUAAAAAGGAGCUCUAAAGUCUAUUCUCAGACGAACUCAACGACGAGCGUGUUAACCUUCGUGCCAGUUGCUGAAGACCACGAUGUGUAUCUGACCUGCAGAGCUGAGAACCCGAGGGUACCUUUGGCCGUAGUUGAAGAUCGUUGGCUACUCAAUGUUCAUUAUCUGCCAAUAGUGACUCUGAAACUGGGUACAACACUCAACCCUGGUUAUAUCAAGGAAGGCGACGACGUAUACUUCGAAUGCAAUGUCAGGGCUAAUCCGAAGAUACAUAGACUUACCUGGUAUAAAGGGUCUCAAGAAAUUCAUCACAACGCGAGUGCAGGGAUCAUUCUCAGCGAUCAGAGUCUCGUCAUCCAAGGUGUGACCAGGACUUCAGCAGGGGAUUAUAGCUGCCAUGCUUACAAUAAUGAGGGCAGUGCUCCCAGCAACUCUGUUUCGCUUCAGAUUAGAUUUAAACACGCACCCACCACUCCCGGUAUCCCAAUAUCGGGGCUGAUGGAUGCCAACUUCCACCAUGCGCAGGAUGCUAUUCAUGUUGAGACGGAAGUGACUAAGUUCAGCAUAUUGCUUUCAAAUAAUAGGACAGAUUUACCAAUUUGCAACUCUAUGGAUGACACGGAAAUAUACGGAGCCCAGAAAGAAGAGACAGUUUCUUUGACGUGUUCAGUGGACUCCAGCCCGCCUCCGACAAGUUUCACUUGGACCUUCAACAGAUCUGGGGAGCAAUCAGAAUUAAAACCCGACCCCUCCCCGAGAAGGGAGACACAUCGCCCCCCACCGGCCACCGUCGACGUGGAGCAGAGGGCGGUCAAGUUCAGGGAAGACUUGACCGCCGUCUGCGAGCGGGCCAUGCCCAGGGUCAGAGGGACCCCGGGCAAAAAGAGUGUAUACUGGUGGACCGCGGAGAUUGGGGACCUCCGCACCGCCAGUACUACGACCCGGCGGGCCUACGGCCGAUGCCGCCGCAGGCGCCACACCCAAAGUGAGGAGAGAAGGCUCCACAGCGCCCUCCAGGGCGCGAGGCAGGCCCUGAAGGUCGCAAUAGGGCGGGCCAAGGACUCUGCGAAAGAGGAGUUCUUGGCCACCCUGGACGCAGACCCAUGGGGGAGGCCGUACAAAGUUGUGCGCAACAAAUUGCACGGCGCAUCUCCCAUGGAGUCACUGGAGUUGGAUCUCCUCAACCGGGUGGUGGAGGGCCUUUUCCCCGAACCGCAGCCCUUCACCCCACCGGCCACGUCAGCGCAGAGCAUCAGCCUGGUGAACCGCGGCGUCACCGCCAGAAGCGCCGACAUCGCCGCCGCGCGCGCCCCGUCCGCGCCCCCGCCGCGCCCCGAAGUCGUCACUACAGCCCACAAAGUCAGGGAGAGCUGCAUUUAG